AACUCAGAAAGCAAUCAAAGGAAAAACCCACAGAGAAACAGAGCAUAAUAGAAAGAGAAAGAUCAAACCUUGAGAUUCUGUUUAGCCUACCAUCGCUCGUUAGCCCUUUGAGAAGAACAAGAACAACAAGAAGAAGAAUCUCUUCAACAUCGGUCUUCUUUUUCCACCGUUUCUGACUUUUUGCCGUCAUUUCUGACACCAUCUUUCUUCAAUCCUUCGAUAAGAAGCAGCCUUCUAAAGCUAAAUGGACCCGCCACGACAACGAUCCCAAUGAGCAGAACAGCCAUCUUCUUUCCCUUCCAUCCAUUUCAUCUUUCUUCACUGCUUUCCCCAAUUCCCUUUCUUUCCCUCGUCUAAUUCUGCAGUUUCUGAGGUUUUUCCAGCUGGGGUUUUGAGAUUUGAGGGAUUUGAAUAUGCCGAGUUCUGGUAUGAACUUGAUUACCACUGUUAUUGGGUUUGGAAUGAGUGCCACAUUCAUAGUGUUUGUCUGUACAAGAAUCAUCUGUGGUCGACUUCGUUCAUCUCACUCCAAUUCCCCCAAUUACGAAAUUGAAUCCAGAGUUGAUCUUGAGCAGCAGCCAGAGUCUCGGGUGAGUGGUCUCGAACCGGUUCUCAUAGCUGCUAUACCAACGAUGAAGUUCGACCUGGAGGCUUUCAGUUCUAUAGAAGAUGCUCAGUGCUCAAUCUGUUUGAGUGAGUAUGAAGAGAAGGAAGUACUGAGAAUAAUACCCAAAUGUGGUCACAGUUUUCAUCUCUCCUGCAUUGAUGUAUGGCUGAGAAAGCAAUCUACCUGUCCAGUUUGCAGGCUGCCAUUGCAAGACACUUUUAGAACAAAACCUGUAAUACCAAUGACAGUGAGCAGAGAUCAGUCUUUUGAUGGUUCUGAGAUUUCAACAGAUCAUCAUUCUCAAAACUGGCUUCAACUUGGCAACACAAGCAGUCAAGAACAGCUUGAAUCCGUUCCUGUAAACCCCACAGUUGGAAGAGAGAUGACAACAAGACAAUGAGUACAUAAUAUUUUCUUCUUGGUUUCACUGCUGAGUAGGUAGGAGCAUGAUUAUAUACAAUUGAACAUCACAUACUUUGUACAAAUCAUUGUUUCCAUAUUUUUUUGGCAUUGCGUAGUGUAGAUUCAGGCCUUCUAAAACAAUGCAAUGAAUUCUCAUAAUGUUGUGGAUAUUUCCAUGAGUUUCUACCUCGUUCAAACAUAUAUCAAAUGAAAGUUUGACAGAACUUGAAGCAAUGAAGAUUUUAACUGAUAUCUA